AUGCUCAUUCAUACAAAUGUAAAAUCAUGCGUUACCUGUCCUGUGGGUGAAGUGCACUCAAAACUGUCAGAAGAUGUUGCGCAGAAGAACAAACGGGCGAGAAGAUGCGGACAGUGUUAAACCUGAUAGAAAGAAGACUUCAGAGGACUCUGGGGUGACUGUGUCUCAGAGGAGCUGCUGGACUGUUGUGUCCUUCUGGUUGAAGGUUCUGCUCUUCAUCAUCUUCACUCCAGCUUUCCUGAACUACGCCUCCCUGCAGAGAGAGGGACAGGUGCUGUCAUCCACAGGUGCUCAGCUGAUUGAUAUCGGCUUCGGCCAAAAGAUCUAUCUGUUGUGCAAAGGACACGGACAACCUGUUGUUGUUCUUGAUGCUCCAGCAGGGAUGUCUUCAGAUAUUUGGUAUUAUGUGCAGGAGAGUCUCUCAUUAUCAACAAAGGUGUGCACCUAUGACAGAGUCGGUCUGGGUUUCAGCCAAAGAACCCUGCAGAAUGAAACUACAGGCACAGAGAAAGUCUGGGGAAUAUCAACCACCGGAAGGAUGGUGGAUGACCUUCAUCGAUUGGUCAAGGCUGCAGAUAUAGCCACACCCUUCAUCCUGAUUGGCUCUGAGCUGGGCACGCUCAACGGCAGGUUCUACAGCCACAUCCAUGACACGCAAGUGUCUGACCUGGUGUUGAUCGAUCCGAUCCCAGAGGAUGUUUUUGAAGAGGAGAAGUGGCAGCAGUUCUGGUACUCUCACCUCGUCCCGUCCCUGCAGAUGAUGCAGUUCUCUGCAGCUGCAGGUUUGAGUCGUCUGCUCAUUAUUCUGGGUGUGUUGAAGCCAGUCAUUCAGGGAGGCGACGUCUCAGAGGAACUCCUGCAGCGACAGGAGAUCUCCAGAUAUAAGCCUCUCUCUAGCAAGACAUCUGUGCAUGUGAUCACUGGGGAAUCCUUUGAUGAUCAGCUUCCUUCAGAUCUCAACCAAGUGGUUGCUGAACUUCAGAGGAAGUUUUUGGAGCGCUCUUAUCCCAAUGCCAAUCACAUUCAGAUUCGUGGGGCGGAUCGUCACAUGAUCUACAAAAAUCCAUACUUGCUUAUCAAACAUUUGCAUAAGCUUGUUUCACAAAGGCAGUCCAACCAACAGAGGCAGUGAGAUGUUUCCGAAAAUGCAGCCUCUCUAAUAACAACAGAUCAAUAACAGCUACU